AACUUUGUCUCCCAGCUUUUCCUGAGCUUACGAGCUCUCAUGGACUUUCGAAGCUGCUAGAACAAACACCACUUCAGCAGUAGUCUCAUAUCCAGGAGUCUCACUUUGCAAUGUCAAUUCUCACCUCCCUACGCAGUACUCGAAUUCUCAAACUACUUCCCCUUGUAUCCGCCCUCUGCAUCCUCGUCGGCGUAACUUGGCUCCUCCUCCUCCCCCUUGACGACUACUCCCGUCGUACUUACAUCUCCGAGAAUGCCCUGCUCCCCGGGCAAGUACACACCUACUUCGGCGGAAGCGAGCAGGACGUGUUCAGAGCCUACCGCCAUGAAGUAACAACGCUGGGCAAGAACGCUUCGGCCGAUGGGUCCGGUGUUAUGGCGGAGAAGAUCGGGGACAUCUUUGAUGCAUUCGGACUGAAGGUUGGGAAGCAAAAGUUCGAAUACGCUGCCGCUGGAGGCGUGUAUGCGGGGGAGAAUGUAUAUGCGGUAUUACAGGCCCCCCGAGGGGAUGCUACGGAGGCUCUUGUGCUGUGCGCUGCUUGGGUUAAUACUGAGGGGGAACUUAAUGAGAGUGGUGUUGCGCUUGUGUUGGCCUUAGCUAGGUAUCUAAAAAGAUGGUCGCUUUGGUCGAAGGAUAUCAUCUUCCUGAUUACCUCCGAUUCACGAGCUGGGCCUCAGGCGUGGGUUGAUGCAUACCACGACUUGCAUGCUCCUCCCGCUGUGGCGUCACUUCCUGUCAAAUCGGGUGCUAUUCAAGGUGUUGUGGUGGUGGACUACCCAACGUCGCGAGGGUUCGAGUCUCUGCACAUUGUAUACGACGGAAUAAACGGUCAACUGCCUAACCUAGAUCUUAUUAACACCGCUGUACGGAUUGCCUCCGGACAGAUGAACAUCCGUACCACGUUACAGGAGAUGUGGAAUCAUGACAACCGGUACAAAGAUCGUUUGUGCACCAUGUUACGUGGGAUGGUAAAUCAAGCGCUGGGCCAUGCAUCUGGUCCCCAUAGCUCAUUCAUUCCGUAUCACAUCGAUGCGAUCACCCUGCAGGCGUACGGCGAUGGAUGGCAUGAUGAGGUUACUUUGGGACGAGCGGUAGAGAGCUUGUUUAGGAGCUUGAACAAUCUUCUCGAGCACUUCCAUCAGAGUUUCUUCUUUUAUCUGUUGAUGGCUGAAAGGAGGUUUGUUAGUAUCGGCACGUACUUGCCAAGUGCUAUGCUGAUUGCGGUUAAUUUUACAAUUGCUGCUAUCGGGCUCUGGUUGAAAAGUGGGAGGUUGAAUGACAAGGUGGAAGGCCAGAGCACCGAUGGGAAGGUUUCGGAAGAGAAGAGACUGUUGAAGUCUGCGGGGGAGGCACCUUCCUCCACUGAGCAGCUGGAUGCGGUUAGUGAAGAACGACCAUUGCUUCUAUCGAUGGCAUUCGUCGUUGCCAUCCAUUUCUUAGGAUUUAUACCCUUGUACCUAUUUAACAAUCUCAACGAGAAGAACUCCGCCGGCGCGUUCUAUAUCUUCACUCUACUCAACGUAGUUCUUCCACCGGUUCUGUGCGCAAUCUUUACAAAAUCAUUUGCACCCACAUCUCUACAUUUCACCUUGAUCAAAUGCUUUUCGCUCCUCCUGCUAGGAAUGUUCCUCUCAGCUUUGGCAACACUUAACUUUUCACUCUCCUUCCUCAUUGGCGUCUUUGCUUCUCCGAUCACGUUCAUCAGCCCUACCCCGAGGCGUAAAUGGACGAUCGGAGCAGCUUGGAUGACAUUGUUGCAAGGCCUGACACCAACAACAGCACUAGUCGGCGUGGCACUCUACUGGGGGGAGCCGUUGAGCGAAAUCCUCAAGGAAGCUGCGUUCGGAUGGAGAGUGUGGGGAAUGUGGACGCAAGUCGUAGUCUGGUGUGUGUGGUGGCCUGCAUGGAUUAUCGCGGGAGUGUUGGUUGCGGGGAGUUGGGCUGUAGAAGGGUAGUUGUUUACCGGGCAUUGAGUAUUAUUACAGCUUUGAUAGAAUGGAAUCUUGUUGAGCAUCACGA